UCAUUUUCUUUCAAGAGAGACUUCCAUCACUCUUCAAGCCUAAACCCUCAAACCCCUUCUUCUCCCAUGGCUGUCUCUCCUCUCUAUUUCCUUCACUUCCGCCGCUCCUCCUUCUCUCCAAUCCUCGCCUUCAUAAAAAUCCCACCUUUCCUCUCUUCCACCUCCCUCCGACCCUUCUCUACGUCUCCCCUCCCUCUCCCCGACUCCUCUCCCAAUUACCCUCACUCCGCCGACCCCAAGCCCUCGCUCUCCGCUCGCCUCUCCUUUGUUUUCGAUCAGAUCGACGCCCUUGACCGCGACCGCGACCGCGCCACCAAGGACGAGGCCCUCCAGCGCAUCCGCGCCUGGCGCCUCGCCAGGCCCUCCGAUCCCUCGCCGGCUCCUGAUUCGAGCCCCGGGGUGGACGCUGGAGGCGCGGCGGUGGCCGCGCCGGAUGAAAGGAAGGAGGAGGGCAUGAGGGAUAUCCUAAGAAAGGAGGUGGAGCUGGUCCACCCAUGGCCCGAGUGGAUCGAGCUGAUGGAGAGGCUGGCGUGGCAGAACUACUUUGAUUUGCGGCGGACUGAUGAGGCCCGGGUGGCCGAGAAUGUGAACAUUGAUCUGUCGGGAUUAAAGGAUGAGGUGGGCUUCGAUUUCUCAAGGGAUUGGAUCACUGUGCGCAAUGCUUGUAUGAAUUUCGGACGUGACCGCUUCGAUAUACUGAGGCCACUUUCGAGAAAGGAUCUUCAAAUUCUAGUGGGUCAUGGAUGCCCUAGCUUGGAUCCAAAGGUGGUUUUCUCGGCAAAGCUAUUGAGGAAGCUUGUCCACCUUGAUGAGGGUGAUGUGUGUAGUUCUUGCAGCUUAAGGAAUUCCUGUAGCAGAGGAUAUAUCCUCACUCCCAAAGAGGAUGAGGCACGAACUCUUGAUGUCAUGCGUAUCUUGUUGACAUUUGGUUUUGAUCAUAUUAAUGGAUCAGUUGAAAAUAAGGCUCUCAUGAAAAUGAAAUCUGUGAAAACUGCAGUCCGUAAGUUGCUACAUGAGGUUAUUAAGUUGAGUGCAGUUCCAAUAGAUCCCAACCUUCCACCACCAGUGAUCAAGAAGCCUCCUCCCAAAGUAAAGCAGCCACCUCCUCCACCAAAGAAACGAGUCGGGCGUGAUGAUGUAGAAAUGAAGAAAGGAGAUUGGCUCUGCCCCAAGUGUGACUUCAUGAAUUUUGCAAAGAAUGUUGUUUGCUUGCAAUGUGAUGCGAAACGCCCCAAGAGGCAACUACUCCCAGGGGAAUGGGAAUGUCCGCAGUGCAACUUUUUGAACUACAGGCGAAAUAUGGCAUGCUUUCGUUGUGAACACAAGCGUCCCCCAGAUGAGUACAUGGAGGGCCAAAUGCGUGCAAAGCAAUCUGGUCCACGGACAAGAUUGGAUAGGGCUGCCAGAAUGCCAGAUAUUCCCAAUGCUUGGAAUUUUGAUUUUGAUGACAAUGAAUCUGAUGGUGCAGAUGUUGCAGCCUUUGAGUUUGCAGAUUCACCAAGAUUGGGUGAGGACUCUUAUUUGGGCAGCCUCCCUCAAGGACGAAUUGCUGGGGGAUUUGAAGACGAAGCCAAUGACACAAGCAAGAUUCGAAGAACCCAACAAAGAGGCAAAUACUUUUCAGAGCCUGAUGGCAGGAAGCCUUCUUUACAUUCUCCCAGAAUGGGAUUUGAUGAUUUUGAUGAUGAAGAGGAUGACAAUCUGGAUAGUUACGAGCUUGAUGUGUCAAGAGAUGGUCGGGCGAGUGAUGUUUCUCGAAAGAACUUCUCUGAGCUCGAAAAAACCUCUGAUUCAGAAGAUAUUGAUGAACUUGAUCAUUAUACCAACACCAAACGGGGUGCCAACAAUUAUUUGUCUGGCUCAGAGGAUGAUGCCAUUGUACAUCAUCCUUACUGGAAAUCUAGUCGUGCUGCAGAUCCUAGGCAGAAGGCUGGAGGCAGGGGUAGUCACCGACAGCUUAGGGGGAUGUCCUUUGGUUUGAAUGAUGCUGAAGAACUCAGUUUAGAUUCUGAUGAUGAUAUGGAUGAAGGUUUUAAAUCCAAACAAAGAAAAAGCCAUCGAGGAAAACGGGGUAGAACAGGUAGUAAGCUUGGAAGAAUUUCUGAUUCUGAUGAUGGGUUUGUUCUUGGUUCUGAGUCUGAUGAUGACAAAAAUCUAAGUUAUAGUGGAAAUAAAACUAGAGAAAAUAAACAUGGUUCUAGAGGUCCGUACAGAAAACUUAGAUCAGAUGAUAGGACACGCAAUAGAAGGAAUCCUUUUGCCAGUGGUGAUGAUGAUGAGUUGUCUUCCAGAGGUUUGGGCAGGUAUAACAGAGGUUCACGUGGAGAUGGCUAUGGGAGGCGUGCAGAGAAUAAUAGACGCCAGCGCUUUGCUAGGUGAGAUGCUGGGGAAUGAUCUGGCCAUAGGCAGCAAGGAAGAGGUGAUCAAUUUGAUGAUAGAUCUAGAGGUCCAUGCAGGAACGAAAGAGGUGCAAAUGGCAAUGGCUCUAGAGGUUGGAGAGGUGAUGAUGGAUUUCAGUGCAAUGAUGGGGCUGCUGAUAGGGAAAAAUUUGAUGAUGGCAGCAGGAAGAACUAAUCAUUAUACUGAACAAUUAAGUUUUGAUGGUGAUGGUUAUGAUCUUGCAGGUGCAUAAUCAAAAGAUGGAAGUUGAUAUUUUGCGAUUAUCCUUUUAGUGCCUGAAUGGCUUCAUUUGGAUACUUUUAAUAUUUGGGCAGGAAUCCUCUAAAACAACAAUGGUACUAUGUUCCAGAGUUUUUGCUCAAGCAAAUGCUGUAUAUUAAGAUACUUGUACAGCUAGAAAGAGGAAUGGAUACUUAAAAAUGCGAAUACCAAAUGAUUAGCUACUUCUGAAAGCUUAUGAAAUCAACUGCCGUUUCUCAGCUGUGACGGUUCUGAAAAAUUCUUUAGACUGAUAACUUUUUCUUGACUGAUUCACAUGUUGAUGCAAUAUCCUGUUGUUGUAGUACACAUUUAUUAUUAAUUUAUGCAUGUAUGCUUAGUAAUUGAGGGAAAAUUUGCUUGUCCUCUUUGUCAGAAAAACAAGUUUUUGAAGUGAA